GUCCCCUCUUCUCUAUGCCUUUCGUCUAGUUCCAGCCUAGAUACGCUUCCUUAGCAAAGGGUUGCCCUUGGCAACAGGAGGACGCGGGAGGGCGGGCUUUGUUCCUGGCGAGUUUCUUAGCACCCGCCUGCGGUCUGAGGCACCGGCUAAACCAUGUCGGAGAUCCUGUGCCAGUGGCUCAACAAGGAGUUGAAGGUGUCCCGGACCGUGAGUCCCAAGUCAUUUGCAAAGGCAUUUUCCAGUGGCUUUCUACUUGGAGAAGUUCUAUACAAGUUUGAACUUCAGGAUGAUUUUUCAGAAUUUUUGGACAGCAGGGUUUCAAGUGCCAAACUUAAUAAUUUUUCUCGCUUGGAGCCAACACUUCACCUUCUGGGUGUGCAGUUUGAUCAGAAUGUGGCCCAUGGCAUCAUCACAGAAAAGCCUGGGGUGGCAACAAAGCUGUUACAUCAAUUGUACAUUGCUCUUCAGAAAAAGAAGAAAAGUGGACUGACUGGAGUGGAGAUGCAAACCAUGCAACCUCUGACAAAUUUAAGACUUCAACACAUGAAAAGUGAAACUUUUCGAGAGAGACUUAGACACAUGAUCCCACGUCAAACUGAUUUCAAUCUGAUGCGGAUUACAUACAGGUUUCAAGAAAAAUAUAAACACGUGAAAGAAGAUCUUGCCCAUUCGCAUUUUGAGAAACUUGAAAGAUUUCAAAAACUCAAGGAAGAGCAAAGAUGUUUUGAUAUAAAAAAGCAAUACUUAAACAGAAGACGACAGAAUGAAAUAAUGGCCAAAAUCCAAGCAGCUAUUAUACAGAUUCCUAAACCUGCAUCAAAUCGUACUUUGAAAGCACUCGAGGCCCAAAAAAUGAUGAAAAAGAAAAAAGAGGCAGAGGAUGUGGCCAAUGAAAUUAAGAAGUUCGAAGCAUUAAUAAAGAAGGAUCUCCAAGCAAAAGAAAGUGCAUCCAAGACUUCUUUAGAUACAGCGGGCCAGACAACCACCGAUUUGUUAAAUACUUACUCGGAUGAUGAGUACAUUAAAAAAAUCCAGAAGCGCCUCAAAGAAGAUGCUUUUGCACGAGAGCAAAGGGAGAAAAGACGGCGGAAAUUGUUAAUGGACCAAUUAAUAGCCCACGAAGCACAAGAGGAGGCUUAUCGGGAGGAACAGCUGAUUAACCGGCUGAUGCGGCAGUCCCAGCAGGAGCGCAGGAUUGCCGUGCAGCUCAUGCAUGUUCGGCAUGAAAAGGAAGUUUUAUGGCAAAACAGAAUUUUCAGAGAAAAACAAUAUGAGGAAAGACGACUUAAAGAUUUCCAGGAUGCUCUUGAUCGAGAAGCGGCUUUGGCAAAACAAGCCAAGAUUGAUUUUGAAGAACAGUUCCUUAAAGAAAAGAGAUUUCAUGAUCAGAUUGCUGUGGAAAGAGCUCAAGCUCGUUAUAAAAAGCAUUAUUCAAUAUGUGCAGAAAUUUUGGACCAAAUAGUUGAUUUGUCCACUAAAGUGGCAGACUAUCGAACGUUGACAAAUAACCUGAUUCCAUAUAAGUUGAUGCAUGAUUGGAAGGAACUAUUUUUUAAUGCAAAACCCAUAUAUGAACAAGCCUCUGUUAAGACACUACCUGCUAACCCCUCAAGAGAACAACUUAUAGAACUGGAGAAAAGGGACUUGCUAGAUACCAAUGAUUAUGAAGAAUAUAAGAACAUGGUUGGAGAGUGGGCCUUACCAGAAGAAAUGGUUGACAAUUUACCACCCUCCAACAAUUGCAUACUGGGCCAUAUUCUUCACAGGCUAGUUGAAAAAUCUCUUCCCCCUCGAGCAGAAUCAACAACACCUGAAUUACCUUCAUUUGCUGUUAAAGGAUGCUUACUGGGGAAAACAUUAAGUGGAAAAACUACCAUUUUAAGGUCUCUACAAAAAGACUUUCCUAUGCGGAUACUUUCUAUUGACACUCUUGUCCAAGAAGCUAUCCAAGCAUUUCAUGACAAUGAAAAAGUCAGUGAGGUUCUACCAAUUCAGAAAAAAGAUGAAGAAAAUGCUCUACCAGUUCUGCAGGAGGAGAUUAAAGAAAGCCAGGAUCCACAAAAUGUAUUUUCAGCUGGUCCAGUUUCAAAUGAAGUAUUACCAGAAACAGAAGGUGAAACGAUACUUAGUGCUAAUGCUGAUAAAACACCAAAAGCUGAAGAAAUCAAAUCCAGUGAUAGUUUCUUAAAACUCACUACGCGUGCUCAACUUGGUGCAAAAUCAGAACAGUUGCUGAAGAAAGGAAAGAGCAUUCCUGAUGUGCUGCUUGUUGACAUCAUGGUAAAUGCUAUUAACGAGAUACCUGUGAAUCAGCACUGGAUCCUAGAUGGUUUUCCAAUGACUUUAAACCAAGCACAGCUUCUGGAAGAAGCUCUUACAGGCUACAAUAGAAACCUCACAGAACUGGAGAGAAAAAAAGCACAAAAAUCCACAUUGGCUAUUGAUCCUGCGACUUCCAAAGAAGUACCUCUUCCCUCUCCUGCAUUUGAUUUUGUCAUAUUAUUAGACGUUUCAGAUACUUCCUCAAUGAGUCGCAUGAAGGAUAUAAUAGCUGAAGAAUUGUCCUAUAAAACUGCUCACGAAGACAUCAGUCAACGUGUAGCUGCUGAAAAUCAAGAUAAGGGUGGAGACCAAAAUUUAAGAGACCAGAUACAACAUAGAAUUAUAGGCUUCUUGGACAACUGGCCUUUAUUGAAGCAAUGGUUUUCAGAGCCAGAAAAUAUUUUGAUAAAAAUCAAUGCUGAAAUAGAUAAGGAAUCUUUAUGCGAAAAAGUAAAAGAAAUUCUUACGACUGAAAUAGUAAAAAAAAAGAAUAAAGUUGAGAAGAAAUUAGAAGAAAAGGAAGCUGAGAAAAAAGCAGCAGCUUCCCUGGCUGAGCUUCCACUUCCUACACCUCCUCCCGCUCCUCCUCCUGAACCAGAAAAAGAGAAGGAAAUUCAUCUUCAUCAUGUGCCUUCAAAAACUCCUACUGCAAAAGGAAAACCUCAAUCAGAAGCCCCGCAUGGUAAGCAAGAAUCUCUUCAGGAAGGAAAAGGGAAGAAAGGUGAAACCGCACUCAAAAGAAAAGGUUCUCCUAAAGGAAAAUCAUCAGGAGGAAAAGUACCAGUAAAGAAAUCACCUGCUGACUCUACAGACACAUCACCUGUUGCAAUAGUGCCGCAGCCACCUAAGCCAGGAUCAGAAGAAUGGGUCUAUGUGAAUGAACCAGUUCCUGAGGAAAUGCCUUCGUUUUUAGUACCUUACUGGGAACUAAUAGAAAAUUCCUAUAUAAACACCAUCAAAACAGUACUCAGGCAUCUGAGGGAAGACCAGCAUACUGUGCUUGCUUACUUAUAUGAGAUUAGAACAAGUUUCCAGGAGUUUCUAAAGCGUCCAGAUCACAAGCAAGAUUUUGUAGCUCAAUGGCAGGCUGAUUUCAACUCCCUUCCUGAUGACCUGUGGGAUGAUGAGGAAACAAAGGCUGAACUACACCAACGAGUGAAUGAUCUGCGAGACCGCCUGUGGGACAUUUGUGACGCACGGAAGGAAGAGGCAGAGCAGGAGCGGCUUGACAUCAUUAAUGAGAACUGGUUACAGGACUCUCUUGGAAUGACAAUGAACCAUUUCUUUUCCCUGGUGCAGGCAGAACUGAACCGUUUCCAAGAUACGAAGAGACUCCUUCAAGAUUAUUACCGGGGAAUGGAAAGUAAAAUCCCAAUAGAGGACAAUAAGAGAUUUACUCGAAUCCCUUUGGUCCAGCUGGAUAAUAAAGACAAUUCCGAAAGCCAGCUUAGAAUUCCUCUAUUUCCUCGAAUAUCCAUUUCUCUGGAAACAGUUACGCCCAAACCAAAAACAAAAUCAAUACUGAAGGGCAAGAUGGAUAACUCCCUAGAAAACGUUGAGUCCAACUUUGAGGCUGAUGAAAAGUUGGUCAUGGACACCUGGCAACAGGCUUCUUUAGCAGUAUCUCACAUGGUGGCUGCCGAAAUUCAUCAGAGGCUCAUGGAAGAAGAAAAAGAAAACCAGCCAGCAGACCCCAAAGAAAAAUCUCCUCAGAUGGGUGCAAAUAAAAAAAUCAAAAAGGAGCCACCCAAGAAAAAACAGGAAGAUAAAAAACCCAAAGGUAAAUCACCACCUAUUGCAGAAGCAACUCCUGUCAUAGUAACAACAGAGGAAAUUGCUGAAAUCGAAAGGAAAAAUGAGCUGAGGCUCAAAAUAAAAGAAGAACACCUUGCUGCCUUGCAAUUUGAAGAAACAGCCACACAGUUUCGACUUGAACUGAUAAAGACAAAAGCAUUGGCUCUUCUUGAAGAUUUAGUAACAAAGGUGGUUGAUGUAUAUAAACUCAUGGAAAAAUGGCUUGGUGAGAGAUACUUGAAUGAAAUGGCCAGUGUAGAAAAAUUAACUGACGUAGCUCGCUAUCACAUUGAAACAUCUACAAAAAUUCAGAAUGAACUUUAUUUAAACCAAGAAGACUUCUUCAUUAAUGGCAAUGUAAAAGUCUUUCCAGAUCCUCCCCCACCGAUACGUCCUCCACCUGUAGAAAAGGAAGAAGAUGGCACCCUGACCAUCGAACAGCUUGACAAUCUUCGGGAUCAGUUCUUAGAUAUGGCACCUAAAGGCGAAUGGAAGAGGAGACUUUCUCUGUCUGAGGAACCACCUCCACCCAGCCAAGCUGGAGAAUUAACCCAUAUGCAAGAAUAACAGUUGUAAUUAACACAGAAUUUACAAGGCUAUACAAUACUGUAGGAAUUGGGGAUUGUGAUCAUUCAAAGUGAGUUAUGCAUGGUCUAUGGGCAAACAGUUUAGACUCUUUUCUCUAUUAACUCAAUUAUACCAUUUGAAAAACUAUGUAUUGCAUAUAUUGCUUUUUAGGUGUAUCUAAAAUAAUUAAUAAGUGUUGGGAAUUUGAUUGACAGGAGUAAUGUUCAUUGUUAUUAUUCUUACUAUUCUUAUAGAGGGCAGGGAAAAGUACUAUUCCAUUUUCUGCUUCCCAGAGUCACAGAAUUGGAGGUUCUCUACUGAUACCCUUGAAAUCAGGCUCCAAACAUUGACAAUGGCCAUGCCUCAGAAAACCCAUUAACUGCUGCUCACCCCUUUUCCCCGUCUCUUCUGGCCCCACAAAGUAUACUCUGACUUUUUUGUUUUUCUACCACAUUUGGCAAUUGUUCACUUAAGAAACAUGAUACACACCCAUCCGUCUUUUAAAUGAAGGCUUUUGUUGUAUUUCUUCCAAGAAAUGGAAAACAAUCCUUUAUGAUACCUUCCAUUGUAUUUACCCUAGAACUCUACAAUUUCAAAAGACAAUCUUAGUGAGUGAUAACAGGUUUGAGAGUAUGGAGGAGCUGACUGAACAUGGUGUGUUUCAAAUGUGUGAUCCUGCAGAACUUCCUGCUCAAACUUGCUAUUAUUUCUAUGCCAAGAAAUAUAAACAUUUUCCUAUAUUAUUUCAUAUAUGCCCAUGUAACAUAUAAUAUCUAAGAUGCAACUUUCAAGUUCACGAAAAUAUGUUAACACAGAUGGAUUUUUUUUUGUGGGGGAAGCAUACAUAUUUUCAUAUAAUAGCCAUUAUGUUACUAUCCCCAUGGUAAGAUUUUUUAGCAGAUUUAUAAGGAGCACUGAUGUUACUAAAUUACACUUUGCAAGUUUUAAUCAUGCCACACAAAUACAAUUAUUGAAUUAUUAUUUAAUCUUUUAUUAAAACAAUGACUGAAUGGCUUAAAUUCUUGUGACUAGAUGGUAUCAGGAUGUAAAUGGAAAGAACUAAAGCUUCAGGGGUUUUCUGCUACAUAUUGUUUAAUUCGUUCGAAAACAAAAGUCUUCAUUAAAAUAGCCCUUACUAAAGAAAACAUAAAAUUGAAAAGCAUCAUAUAUUGUAACAUAUUCAACACUCUUUUUCUGGUCAAAUUCUGCCACUUAAUGAUGAUUCUACCUCUCUUUUGGUAAAGGUAAUGAUGAGACCUAAAAUAGUAUUUAUUGAUAUGAUUGACACAAAUAUACCAGAAAAAUAAUGACCUUAUACAUGAUAAUCAAAUGAGAUCAUGCAAAAUGCAAUGAAACAGUUGAUUACACUUGCAUUUUUCCUGCCACUUAGCAAAGAUCCAUACUUUAGAAGCAUGAGAACAGCAUGAGUAAAAGAAAGCUAAUGAAUCAGCAAACCAUUCUUUCCAUCGCGUAUCCUAGGAAUCAUUCCUAUGAGCAUACUCCCGGCAGAGUUAGAUCUACUGAAUAUUUUCUGAAUUAUAACAAUAGCCAAUUUGACCUAGUCACUAUGUGUCAGACCCUUUGCUAACAUUUUCAUAUGUUAAUUCACUUAUUAUCCACCUCAGUCUAUGAUGGGAUGUCUAGAGCCAAACAGUUCUUUCUCAAGUCCACCUCUUGUCAAAUGACUGUCAUAUGAUCUUGGACAAGUUAUUAA